CACAUGCGCAAGAGUGCGUCCUCGCCCCCGCCUCCUCUUCAGCGCGGUCCCUGCCAGUCCCGGCUCUGUCACCUCACAGUAGUCGUUGCCCGUGGCGGGUGUCGGGGCGCGUGCAGCGCAGGGCCGCCUUUCCCCCGCCCCUCAGGCCGGGCCUGGGCUCGGUCCCCCGCUCCCUACGCUCCCCACCCCCGUCGGGUACGGGAAGGUCCAAGCUGCUACCGGGUGCCUGAGGGACUUCGUGGCCACCGCCGCCACGGGUCCCGAUGGAGCCGCCGAAUCUCUAUCCGGUGAAGCUCUACGUGUACGACCUGUCCAAGGGCCUGGCCCGGCGGCUCAGCCCCAUCAUGCUGGGGAAACAACUGGAAGGCAUCUGGCAUACCUCCAUAGUUGUGCACAAGGAUGAGUUCUUCUUCGGCAGUGGCGGUAUCUCCAGCUGUCCCCCAGGAGGGACAUUGCUUGGGCCCCCAGACUCUGUGGUUGAUGUGGGGAGCACAGAAGUCACAGAAGAACUCUUUCUGGAAUACCUGUCCUCCCUGGGGGAGUCUCUGUUCCGAUCUGUUCUUCAAACCUUUCUUACAAUGUACAGAAGCGAGGCCUACAACCUCUUUGAACACAACUGUAACACCUUUACCAACGAAGUGGCACAGUUCCUGACCGGGCGGAAGAUCCCUUCCUACAUCACUGACCUUCCCUCUGAAAUUCUAUCCACGCCCUUCGGACAGGCCCUGCGGCCCCUCCUGGACUCCAUUCAGAUCCAGCCUCCUGGAGGGAGCCCCGUGGGCCGACCCAACGGCCAGAGCUAACAGGACUACAUGGGACCGCCCUGCCUCACCGGGGCUUUUCCUUUUUAAACAAAACAAACCCUACCAGAUUUCUAUUUUAUAAUUUUACAUCAGAGCUAACAACCAGGGGAAGGCUUUUUAAAUUUCCCAGGGAAGGAGAUCACCAGGCUGCAUGUAGGACAAUGCUGCUAAGAAACAGAACAAAAUGCCAUCCCUUCUAAUAGUAUUAUACUAAUUUAUUAAGGCUGUCUUGUCUGUGAGUUCACUCUUGACGCUGCUUCCUAGGCAUCCUCCACACUGGAGAAAGGGAGAGGGUUUGUUUAAGCAGAAGGCAAGAGGCACGGUUUGGGGGAGCCCCGACCCAGAACCUCUUUCCAGAGAACGCCCACGCUGUACCCAGGUUGCCACCACCUGUGGGACCCAGGUGAGUUUUACAACAUCCACGAAGCAGCCAUUGCAACAUCCCGGAAGCAGUUCCUCUCUAGCGUUAAAUGAACCAAAGGAUUUGGUGCACGUGAGACCAGUUUCAGGAUGACUGACCCAACCUAAGUGAACUCUGUAGCCACAGCCUCUCUCACCUCCUCUCCCUACCCCAAGCAAGGCCACGGGGCCAGGGCUGGAGCAACCAAAAGCCUCAGGAUCAGGGGACAGUGACAGCAAGUGUCAGGCCAGAGAAAACAGGAUAAAGCCAUUCUUCCUUCCACCUACUGAUUGCCAACCCUCUGACAUCAAUUUUGGAGAACCUGCCUUGCUGGCUACAGGCUGCUCUUCCUCAGCAUGGCUGACCUCGUAGUUUGUGAAGGUUUGGGCUGGAGCGGCAGAGACCCAGGCCUAUUGUCUACAAGUAAUAAUGUAGAUUGUUUGUAGUCCCUGUACCACCCCCCUUCACCCCCAAACCAGAUGCAAUAUUCAGCUAGGGACCAAGGGGAAAUGAUUCCCUGUUCUAGGAAAAUAUCCCUCAUGUAGAAAGAUAGAAUAAUAAUGCAGAAUCAAGGUGGCAAGCAAAUUUUGAGUUGUUUCUGAUAGAGAUUUUUUACAUUAUCCUCAGUGUGUUUUGAAGGCACAUGUUAUUUCUGUUGUCAUUCUGACUUUAAGGAUGCAUUGUUGAGAGCCUGAUUGGGCAUUUUCCUAAUGAGCUGCUGCUAGGAGCUUAUAGGGAGGACCAAUCUGGACGUUUCUUACCUGGAGAGGCUUUCAGAUUCCUUUUCUACACAUGCCUCCCUUAAGUUAGUUUUUGGGGGGGUGUGGAGAAGGGUCUCAGAGCUGUCAGGUCCCUGAGUCCCAGCCCUGGCAUCUAUGGGUCCCUCCCGCCACAGCUCCUGCCACUUCUCAGACUUGAAUUAUGUUCUCUUUCCUGGGGUCCGGCCUGCAGCAGGUGCCUUUGCUCUUCAAAAAGCUGCUGCUCAUCUUCCCGUCUCUACCAUUAGCCAUAGCAGUUGGCGUCAUCAGGGGCUUGGCUAGAGGAAAAGGUGAUUUUCUGCCUUUCUGUUUGCCUGUGACCUGCCCAGAGACACCUCCAUGGUGACCAGCUGUGAUGUCAAGUGACAUUUUGGAGAGCAGAAAACUAGCAGGGACUGUUAUUUAAUGUUGACCUACUGGCAGAAUUGGGCUCACGGAGAAUAGGUUUCGGGCUGGGUACCUCCCGGGAAGGCAGCUUACUAGUGGAGUCCUUCGCUUCCCACCCAGGUUUCUCUCCUUUUCCAGGUUGCCUUGCCCAGCCCUCUGUCUCUUCCAGGCUCCUGUUCCAGACUUUCCCUCCCAGGGCUCUCAGCUCUAGCCAGAAGGUGUGGCAUCACAGUCUCCUUCUCUCUUCUCCCCCAUAUCCAGGCUCAGCUGGCUUCACUCCUAAUAGCAGUCACUCCAGACCCAGGAGAAGUUAGCCAAAGUAGCUACCCUGAGAGACUGUCACUUGGUUCACUGAAAGUCCCCCUUCAUGCCCAGCAGCCGUUUGUGCCAAUGCCUGGGCUCUAGGCUUGUGGUGAAAGAUGGAGGGAUCAGCCAGCAAGCAGCCUUCUCUGAGCUCUCCAGGAAGGCCAGCUCUCUCCCCCCCACCCAAGUCCCACUAUCACUCAUUUUGGAAGCCUGGGCUCAGGCUACAACCGCCAACCCAAUCCUCACAUUUCUCUGUCAAUCCCAGAACCUCAGGAGCGUGCUCAUUAUGACCAGCUAGCUCCACACAAGUGUGCGAGGCAAGCAGAGUGAGAAAUGAGCCAUGUGUGUAUCAUACAGUAGACACCUCCAUCAAGGUCCAUUGGUUUAAAGGGACAGGGAAGGAGGAGGGAUGGACCUCACCCCUUCCCCAAAAUAAAGCUUGUACCUUUGAGAUUCCUUUUUGCCCAUGAAGUCAAACUAAUGACUGUGUCUAGUACGGAGGUGUUUGCUGGUUUUCUUUGAUGUUUUUUCUAAUGCAAUAAACUCAUUUCUGCCUGCUGCA